AUGAGAAAGGAAGAGCAAGCCGUAAAGAAUGAGCAAAAUACCGAAGCAGCUGGAGAAGAAAAUCAGUCAUCAGACCAAUUACUUACUGAAAUAGAGCAAUUGAAAUCAGAAACCUUAACCCGAUUACAAGAAAUUCAGCAAGAAAUCAGAGCCGGGUUAGAGGAAAUAGAAAGUUCACCAACUAAAACUAAUAAACCAGCCAAACCCUCGCAAACUACUGUUUCACAAGUCCUCCAAGCCGAAAGUAAGGUUAAAAUCAAACAGAAAGCCCUAGAACGACAAAAGGAGGAAGAAAAGAAAACUAAACAACAAGCCACUGCUCAACCAACCAAGCAAAAUCAGAAACAAGUCCAAGUCGAGGAAAAACAAACUAAAAAAGCCGAACAAGCACUCCAACAAGCCCAAGUGGAAUUAUCCACUCUUAGUCAACAAGCAUUACAAGAAAGUAAAGACCAAGAAAAACCCGAAGAAACCAAAGAAGAAGAACUCCAAAAAAAAUUAGAGGAACUAGUUCAACAAUUAAAAGAAAUGGAAGUAUCGGCUGCCGCUAGUCAAAAAACAAUGACCUACUUCAUGCUCUUUUUGAUUAUCUUUUUAUUAGAAUAUGUCGUUUAUAAAAGAAAUGGUUUGCCUGGAUUAGUAGUUUUAAAUGUCCUCUUAGCAAUUGCUUAUUAUCACCGCGAUACUUUAAAAGAAUAUUCUGAACUAUGA